AUGUUGACCCCAAGGGUUAACCGCAAAUGUCGACCCCAAAUGUUGACUCCAAGUGUUAACCUCAAGUGUUGCCACCAAGUGUUGUCCCCAAGUGUUGCCACCAAGUAUUGUCUCCAAGUGUUGUCCCCAAGUGUUGUCCCCAAGUGUUGUCCCCAAGUGUUGUCCCCAAGUGUUGUCCCCAAGUGUUGUCCCCAAGUGUUGUCCCCAAGUGUUGUCCCCAAGUAUUGUCCCCAAGUAUUGUCCCCAAGUAUUGUCCCCAAGUGUUGUCCCAAGUGUUGUCCCAAGUAUUGUCCCAAGUAUUGUCCCCAAAUGUCCCCAAGUAUUGUCCAGUGUUUUCACCAAAUAUUGUCCCCAAAUGUUGUCCAAGUGUUGACCCCUGAUGUGAUCCCAAAGUGUUGUCCAAGUAUUUAUUCCAAGUGCUCACAGUGUGUCCCAAGUGUCUUCCCCAAGUGUUGCUAA